UUCUUCUUAUUAAGACCCCUUACAUCAUCUCUAACCAGCAUAUGUACAUUCCUCACGGUUGUCCGUAAUUGUUAAAUCUUGUUCUUUAUUAUUUUCUGUUCGAUCCUUUGAUCCAAGGCAUGUUCCGGGUUAUAGGAAGGCCUGUUCUGUGUAGCCACAGGCAUUUACUGAAGAAACGCUGUAUCAACACACUCAGUGCUGCGUCGGUGCAGAGGGUCAAGGAAGGGGACAAGAUUCAUGGCUACACUGUUGAGAAGAUUUCUGCUAUUCCAGAAUUAUUUAUUUCAACCAUAUCACUACGUCAUGACCAGACUGGAGCACAGCAUCUCCAUCUUGACCGAGAUGACAACAACAAUGCUUUCAGUGUUAUGUUCCGUACAACUCCAAUGGACAGCACCGGAGUCCCACACAUUCUUGAGCACACGGUCCUGUGUGGUUCUAGGAAAUUUCCUGUGAGAGACCCAUUCUUCAAGAUGCUCAAUAGAUCGCUGGCUACUUUCAUGAAUGCUAUGACAGCAAGUGACUGGACAAUAUAUCCAUUUUCAACCCAGAACCAGCAAGACUUCAAGAACUUGUUGUCCAUCUACCUUGAUGCUGUAUUCUACCCACAGUUACGAGAACUCGACUUCAGGUGAGAAUCUUUUAAAGACUGCACUG